UUCACAAUUUUUUUUUAUUUUGGAAAUAUAGUGCUUACUGUUCUUUCAGGAAUCGCACCAAAAGCGACGAGUACAGCAAAUGCGACGAGUACAGCAAAUGCGACAAACUAUAUCGCUUCGAGAUGUGAUCCCGUCUUAAAUUUUGUACAGCAGAGAGGAUUUGGGGCACUGUCAAUUGCUGUUCAGAAUUGGACCGCUAUUCGAUGUACACAACACAAAGCAUUAUUAAACCAUGCAACAACAGAGAAUCGUCUAGCUUUGCCAGCGGAACCUAUUAAUGUACCAGUAAGAACGGCGAUCAAAUUUUCUAUGAAAAAAGGAAAGCAAAAGAGUGUGAAGACAGUCUUAACUCGCUUUUACCGACUGAACUGGGGUAUCUGGAUCAGAACAAAAGCAGGUCGACAUAACAAACUGUGGACGAAAUCGAGCGCCAGAAAGAAGAGAUUGCGAGAGCACGUGUUUUGUAAUGCCACACAGUCAACAUUAUUAGAUAGGAUGGUAACCAAGUAUUGGAAAAGACGACGCUUCUAUGUCGACGAUCCAUACGAGCCAUAUCAUUCUCGCGAAGAGUUUAUGAUCACUCGGAGGAAACCAUUGCCGUAAUCAUUAUUUUAUAUUGCUAGACGAUUGUAAAUUUUUUUUCAUUAAAGAGGUAUUAAAGAUGAUUUCAAAAUGG